AUGUAUUUGUGUUUUAAUGCAGCAAAGGUUGGUUGGAAAGUUGGGUGUAGACCAUUGAUUGGAGUUGAUGGAACAUUUCUAAAAGGUAAAGCUAGAGGGAUUCUGUUAACUGCUGUUGGUUUAAAUGCUAACGACUUAUUGUACCCGUUAGCAUUUGCUUUGGUUGAUAAAGAGAAUGGUGUGAAUUGGACUUGGUUCAUUCAGUGGCUUAGGAUAUCACUUGAUCUUCACAAUGGUGGCAAAGUAACUUUCAUGUCAGACAUGCAGAAGGGAUUACAACAUGCUGUGAUAGAGAUACUUCCAGAGGCCGAGCAUAGACUUUGUGCAAGGCAUAUUUAUGCUAACUGGAGCAAAAGGUGGAGAGGGAACGAGAUGAAGAAAAAAAUUUUCUCUUGUGCUUGGAGUACGUUUGAAGAACAAUUCAAAGACAAUCUCAAAGCACUUGGAGCACUUAACAAAGAGGCAGCUGAAGCAAUGGUGUCAUACCCUAUAUCUACUUGGGUAAGAGCUUCUUUCAGUAAUAGAUGCUUGUCUUGGGUUGUAGACAACAAUAUGAGUGAGAGUUUAAAUGCUUGGAUUGAUGAAUAUCGAUAUCUACUUGUUAUUAGAAUGUUUGAUGGGAUAAGGGUUAAGAUGAUGGAAAAAUGGGCUGAGAGUGAGCAAAAUGUGAGGAAUUGGAAAGGCAACUAUAGUCCAAAAUGUCUGGACUUAUUUGAAGCAAAUAGGUUGUUGUCCUUUACAUGUAGAGUUUUUUUCAAUGGGGAUGAGGGAUUUGAGGUGACUGAGGGACAAGACAGGCACACAGUAUGUCUCACUAGGAAAACGUGCACGUGCAGGGCAUGGGAUUUAACUGGAAUCCUAUGCCAACAUGCUAUUCAUGCUAUGUAUCACUGUAAACUGGAGCCCCUCACCCAUAUCUCACGCUAUUACCACAAGGACACCUACAUUGCUAGCUAUAGGACAAAGUUUGCACCUGUGAGGGGCAAACGAUUCUGGGAUACAGAAUAG